AUGAUAAAAAACCUAGAUUAUCACAAGCAAAAGGUUCAGUCAAAAGCUAAUCAUAGACAGGAAUCCUCAAAGCCAAAGAAAAACAUAGAUGAUCUGGUCUACACUCCAAAAGAAAAUGUGACCACCUAUACUUAUAUUGUUUCUAUUUCAAUGAUUGUAUCUUGUGGUCUCAACCUCUGGGACCUCAACGCUAGAUUCCGUGCCCAAAAGGCAUGGACGUUUGAGAGGUUCCUUCACGAGGUCGAGAACGAUAGAGUCGCAAAGGUUCAUUUGCCCAAUGACCAACUCAACCAAGACAAACCAAAUGAUUUUGUUCGUCCCAACGAAAAAUGGAAUGUGACCGUUGUCUCUUUUCGAGGUAGCGUUCCAUCUGUAUCGCGUGGCAAGGACGAAUCUUCCAAGCAUCUGUUCUUCCAAUGCAAAGAGACCACGCUACCAGCAAAGAUACUGAAAGAGGUUACUGCUCCCAACAACAUCACACCACCAGUUUGGGAGAUCACCCUCCAACAAACUCCAAUCACUAUCAACUUGAUUGCUGCUACACUCGAACGAAUAUGGUUCAGACGUAACGAUCUAUGUCACCAAAGAGAUGAACCAUCUACGAACAAUAUCUGUGAUCUAGACUUAAUCAUGUAUCACGUGACAUUAAAGUUAACUGGGACAAGUCUUGAUUAG